UGCUGUUUAGUAAUCUGCAUGCUACUGUUUACCCGAGUGUCAUCAGCGCUGUUUGGCUAACUCCGUCGGGUUCGUUCCGCUCAAUUCGAAAAGUAAAUGCUCGCAGACAAGUGACAUCCAACGGCAUGCACUCGUGUAUUUCAGAUAUCUGGUCUGUCUGUUGGACAGGUCGUUUUUAUUUCGGUCUGUUGGUUUUUGUAGUCGUCGUUAAUGAAGUAAGCGGUUCGUCAAUAGCCACUAACGGUAACGAAGGAAACAAAGGGAACAUUAAGUUUUCACUCGAUUUGUAUAAGAAACUGGCAGAUGUAAAUGGAAAUCUUGUUACUUCUCCAGCCAGCUUGGAAAUUGUGCUGGCACUCACUUAUAUUGGAGCUAAAGGAAGUACAGCUAGACAAAUUGCUAGUGUCAUCAACAAAACAAAUGAUCCAAAGUCUGUGAUGUCUAGUGCCCUUUCCCUACUCAAAGUCCUGAAGAGUGCAGACAAUGUGACUCUUGAGUCUGCCAGUGGCAUGUUUAUUCAAAAACAUUUUGAAGUGAAGAAUGAGUUCAAGUUGGCUGGUGAAUCAUUGUCUUCCGUUGCACAGAACACUGAUUUUUCUCAAGCAGAAACAGCAGCAAGUGUGAUAAACAAAUGGGUGGAACAAGCUACAAAUGGAAAGAUAAAGAACAUGGUUUCAGAAGACAGUAUCUCUCCUUUCACAAAAUUAAUACUUAUAAAUGCAAUAUAUUUCAAAGCACCAUGGAAAAUUCCUUUCAAUAAGAAGCAGACAUCAAUUGAGCCAUUUUAUACUACUCGAACUCAGAAGAAAGAUGUUCCUAUGAUGUAUAUGAAAAAACGUCUAGGCUAUAGUCAACUUGAUGAAAUAGACAGUGAUGUUCUUGAAUUACAGUAUGAGGGGCGGAACCUGAGUAUGGUAAUUUUGUUGCCACGCAAGAUUGAUGGUUUGAGAAUGCUGGAAAAUCAACUUCGUGUUGCAGAUAUUAUAGAGGCUUUGAGAACAAUAUAUCCUGCUGAGGUAGAAGUUACAUUGCCUCGAUUCAUGCUACAAAAUGACAUAAAUUUGAAUCCUACGCUUAUUAAGUUGGGAUUAAGUGAUAUGUUUGACAGAAACUUGGCAGACUUCAGUGGAAUUUCUGAUACUGGUCUCUUUGUGAGCCAAGUGAAGCAGAGAACUUUCAUUGAAGUGAAUGAAAAGGGCACAGAAGCAGCUGCCUCAACAAGAGUGUCUUUAGAGCCACGGUUUCUAUCAAUGCCGGAAGUGUUCAAGGCUGAUCAUCCAUUCAUGUUUAUGAUAGUUAACAAAACAACCUGGACCAUUCUCUUCAUGGGACAUGUAAUGACACUGUGAUUUCAUGCUGCUACCUGGCACUGAAUAAAGGUUCACAGCAGAAGCUCUCAUAUAGUUACCCGAUUAUCAAAACAUUUACCAAAUUGAAGAAAGAGUGUGUGUGUGUGUGUGUGCGCGCGC